AAUUGCUUUUGGGGUGGGACUAAGGCCGCUGCAGGAGCAGCAAUGAAGGAGCUCGCACAGGAUCUGAAAAUGGAGUGUGAUAUUCUGGACGUGCUGGAGGCUUUGGGGUACAAAGGUCCUCUUUUAGAUGAAGAUGCCCUUAGUAAAGCAGCAGAAGGUGGUCUAGCUUCAGAAGACUUCUGUGAGCUUUGCAUUUGGUUAAGUUCUCAAAUACAACCAUUGUGUGGUCUGGAAGAAAGCCUCUCAUCGACAGCUGAUGGCAAGGAUGUUGAAAGUUUACAGCUGGAGAUGAGCUGCUUUUUAAAAGAAUUGGCCUGUCCUUAUCCUCACUUGUAUCGGGAGAAAUUAAAGACCGAUUAAAGAAGAAAGAAGAUUGUCUUAAAGUUCUGUGUAAGUUAACAGAAAGUUUUCCUUACAGCACUGGACUGGGGGAGGGGAUAAAAUUCACUUUUUGUGGUAU